AUAACUGAGGGAGUGGCUACAAACUAACACUAAUAUGGCUACCAGUAACAGUGACUGUUCUAACUCUGUGAGGAACCAAGAACCAGCUGCUACCCACCCCCCAGAACAGAUCACACAGCCAGCUGAACCUGACUAUGACCUUGUUGAACAACCUGACAAGGACUUGUACUGUCCAGUUACCCUUGACAUUCUGGUGGAGCCACAUCAAACCGACUGCUGUGGACAGCACAUCUCAGAGAAAGCUGCUCAAAGGAUCAUCAGAGAUGACAAGCCUUGUCCUAUGUGUAACAACGCUCCCUUUAAAACGCUGAAAGACAAGUUUUUCAAACGUAACACCAUCAACAAGUUGAAUGUUCGUUGUCCCCACAAGAAGAGUGGGUGUGAGUGGACGGGGGAACUGGGGGAUCUGAACUACCACACCACCUCCUGUCCAAAACAUCCCUGGAAGUGCCAAUAUUGUGACUUUGAGUCCACCCACGAUAUCGGAACAAAUGACCACACCCCUUGCUGUGACAACUACUCCCUGCCUUGUCCCAACCAAUGUGAGAUCGGUAGACUACCGUCCCUCGCAGCCAAGCUGGUAGCCACCUGCUGGAGUGCCCCCUACAACUUGUGGAGUGUGAGUUUGCUGGUAAUGGAUGUGACGCGAAGAUUCCUCGAAGAGAUCUGGUGGGUCACAUGACAGAGAAUGUCCAACACCACCUCCUGACAGCCACCCUCCUCAAUCUGCAACUAACAAAAGAGCUACACCAGAAAAUGGAGGAGAAAGAUCAGCAAAUAGUCGAAUUACAGAAACAGGUGAAGGAACAGGGCAAUACCAUGGAUGCCAAAAUUCAAAAAGUUGAUACCAAGCUCCAAGAUCUGGAGCAACAAGCUAUAAAUCUUGACACAAAGGUCAGUGAUCUAAAAGUCACAAUGGAAGCCAACACAGUGAAGAUACAGAAUGAUUUUUUAUUACUAAAUGGGUUUUCUUGCCACGAGUUUACUCUCACUGAGUUUAUGAAACAACAAGUACAAGUCGUCUAUGGAUACUGGAAUGGUGGAGUGUUUACUGCACAAGGGUGGAAGUUCACAUUCAUUGUGUAUACAAAAGGUUUAUCUGCUGCUGCUGGAACAAAUUUGACAGUCUGCAUCAAUAAAGAGCAUGAUGCUGCCAAAACAGAAGGUGUAGCUAUCCUACAGAUGCUCAACCAGCUGGGUGACCAUGGACACUAUAUAGAAACGGAAACAAACAUUUCGAAGCAGAAAACAACAUGUUUUGGCGAUUCACUAUUCAAAUUCUUCCCCCUGGAUCACCUAGGUUACUGUGCUGACACAAACACUCAGUACCUCAAAGACGACUGUCUCAAGUUCAGACUGUUCAUGAAAGUGAAGGCUCUCUAAAUAGUACACAAUGUUGGUUACUACAAUACCGUGACUGUAUAUCUUGCAAUAAUUA